CCGCUCAACGCGCCACGCGGGUCAUUUGGCUGCGGAGAAACAAUCCUACGAGCGACAUGGGCAAGCAGAAUGGCAUACUAAAGGCUCAGACUUGUUUCAAUAAUACACAAUACCUCACCACCAAACAAACAUGAUCCCUCGGUCUCGCAAUCUCAUUCAAAAACCUUGACCCUCCUCUAAAUGGAACACCAGUCCGCUAUGCAACAUCAUCUUCACCCCUCUGACUUCGACUCGAUCUACCUUCCCAACCAAAUCCUUCACGGAUCGCAGUCAUGGCGGAAUUCAUAACGUCCCUGCAAGAACUCCAACAACUCCCUGAUGGACUUCAUCUCCUCUGCCCUCGCCAAUCAGAAGACGACUUCGAGCGGUAUGAGGACGAGCACGACUGUGAGGCCGAAGGAGGAGAGACACUUGAUCCGGAAAAACGGGCCAGAUAUCAAGAAAUAAAGAUUCGCCGAAAGAAAUUCAUAUCCUCUCUCCAACUACUAGCUUACGACGGCACCGAAAGUGAGCAGUACCAGAAAUAUAUCUGGGACACGGUCGACGCGGCGCUGGCAAGGUGCGACAUAUGCAUUCGGGAGUACUACAUUGCAAAGGUAGACUUCUUGGCUACGCUACGAGAAGAGUACGAGGAAGAGGAUAUCAAAAAUUUCUUUUCCAUCAUCAAUCGACGAGACGUCCAGCGUAUUACUCGAGGUCUAGAUUCUGCCGAUCAAACGCUCCAAAGUCUACCGGGACCAAAGAAAGUAACUUCAUCGUUAACACCCAAGGAUUUACAUGCUCUUUAUGAGGCACUAGUCUGCGAAGCCUUUCUACGAGAUGAAGGUCUCCUCAGGCAACAUUUCGACAGUCCUUUCAAGACAAUACAGUCACGAAAACCGCUUAAGAUGCGGGAAAUCCUACCAGCUGCCAUAAGAUUUCUUUUUGAUACCAAUCAGGUGCGGCUAGCUUGGGCGAGUUCUAUCUGGAGACGGCUUGACAGGGUUGUCAAGGAUAUCGAAUUUGACUGGGCUAUCAAAGAUUUCCUGCAGGAGAGAGUGCAGCAGGCUAUCGAACCCGGUGACACGACCAGAUUGUGGUCCGCUCUGAAGCUAAUCGUUAGCAAAUUAGAUCGUCGAAUGAUCACAUACAAGUUGUUCGACCUACAGCCGAAUCUUUGCACCACAGCUCUCAACCACCUUGCGAGACGUUCGAGCGCGGUGCCUUUCAUUGUCCAGACUCUGGAAGAUAUACUCGACAAGGCUCCUGAUGCAUUCUGGCAAGCCAUGGGCUCGAUCUCAUCCCAGACGAUAGUCGAACAGGUCUUCGCCAGCCCAAACUUCAACAAGCAUUUACUGGAGUCUGUCAAACCACCUCCAGAGCUCGAAGGCAAAUGUCCCGCCCCGGUCGACCCACGGGCCGAUAACCAUGUGUUGUCGUGGAUUUCAGCAUUCAUGGAAUCGUUGAAGCCGGCCAAUCGUCCGGCAGCUGCGCAAACGAUAGUCGCUCAACUCUUCGAGAGGAUCAAUGACCGGGACCUCGUAGUUUCUGCGAGGUUGAUCUGUUUUGAGAAGGCUGUUUCUGUCCUGCUAAAAACAGUUAUCAGCUUCACUGCCAAUCAAAACGAUCAGAAGAACGUUGAACGCUUGGUGUUGUCAGAUACCCUCAAUCUUGUUGGGUACCGUUUAGAUGAGCUCCUCAGUCCAAAAGACCCGGCUUUGGCUGAAGCUGUGAAGAAAUCGCUACGAGACGAUAUCCUCAUUCUCGUUAAAAAUGCCGUAGCACUCGAAUGUCAAUGUCUGAAGACAGAUUUCGAGUCGAUCAGCACGAAAAUCAAUUUACGACAUGGGUCCAGCUCAUAUACCCCGGAAAUAUGGACUGCAAUCAUCGACAAUCUCAGUGAUAAUGACGCCCCUUUAUCUUCAGCAGCUUUGCUGGGCACAAUGGCGUUGCCGGGCUUAGAACAAUUUAGGAUAAGAGAAGGCUCGGCCGAUGUACAAGAGAAAAAGUCUUUCAACUCCAUCUUCGACAAAAUCACUGGUAUGCUUGGAAAACUUCUAGAGAAGAUUUCAGAGUUCAGCCCAGAUCAUCUGGAUUAUCUCUUUAGAGCUCAAGAUACAAGCAUGUCUCUUAUUGCCGCCCUCUUUUCGCCAGACCAGAGUACUUAUCAAGCCGCGAUCGAACUGAUCAAGAACAUCAGCGGAGAGUCGGGUCGAAAGGAAGCGCUAGCACACCUGAUAGGGGCAUUUCUUGGUACCACAAUCUACGGCAUAUGCUGGACCUUUCGGCGGAUUGCAAACUACAAGACUUUCGCUUCGGUGCCCCGAAUGCUUAAGACUGGCAUGGAGAUCCUGGAUAUUCUUUGCAAUCUGACCGAUGGCCAAUUAAGAAGAGCAAAGAUUUCCUCACGCGAUGCAUCUGCUAUCCAGAGCUACUGGUCUUAUCAGUGGAUUGCUUUGAGAGUCGUGUAUAGUCAAACCGAAAAAUGGUCACUAGAACUUCAUAACAAGGAGCUUAUGAUUGAGGUUUGUCGGGAUGCUAUGCAGUACGCCGAGGCUCUGUUUGACCAGUAUGACCUCUUCUCGAGCGUCAUUACCAGAGCAAAACCCGACAAAGCGAAAGAGAUUCAUCGCCUGCUCCUCGAUUCUGACGAUCCGAGUGUAGGGUCACCUCUGAGUACUCUGGAUGCCAUGUCAAAGUGGCUGAGGCUACGGGACGAGUACCUUGCUGAAACCUUGGUAACGCUCAUCACCAACAUGUUGUACCGUUUGAAGGGACAUGAUGCCCUGAACGCAGAGAGCGACGGCCUGGCGUACAUUCAAGAAGUCGCCACAAAGCAGUCCAUCAAAACCAUUUUGACGUCCUCUCAGAAAGCAAUUCUAGUUCGAGCGCUCGAAAACUACUGGGGUCGCCAAAUUGGGAAACCUGUUAUCAAGAAACAAGCCACCCUUGAUAUUAAAGGCUGGUCCGAGUCCGCCGCUGUUGGUCGAUCUGAUGCUUCCACUCCUGAAUCUCGAUAUGCCGACGAAUUCGGCGACGACGAUAUCGCCGAUGAGGACCUGGUCGAGAUAGCAAGUAAGACGCUCGAUACUCAGACAACGAGGAUUACUUCCAAAGACAAGAAUCAAAUCAAGACCCUGCUUACUCGCCAGCAGCCUGUGAAGCCAAAGGCUAUGAAGCCGUCUACGGUUGACACCACCGCGAAGAAAGCUCAAGAUGCCAAGGCAUUCAUUGAAAACCGUAAGCGCGAGGAGGCAGCUCGGAAACUAAGAGAUAAGGAAGCCGCACUAAAGUUGCGAGGCAAGAUCGGUGUUGGCAAACAAACUAUGGGUCAAGGUUCUGGUCUCUCUGGCAUUGGGGUUGUUGGGAAAGACCACACCGUUGGAAGUAGCGGAAUCAUGGUAUCAUCUGACUCGGAGUCCGAUCCAGAUUCGGACGAAGAGUUGUUCGGAAAGCUUCCUAUCACUCAAGGGACAACAGUACGCAAUCAGGCAGGCGUGAGAAAGCCUCUAUCAACCGGUCCUGUACGCAAGGUCAAACAAGUGCGCUCACAACGAGAUAUCAGAGCUCGACUCGCGCCGGAUCUGACCGAGCUCCACAGAACAAUCCUGAGCUGGGACUUCUUCGCAGAUACCGAUCUUCCACCGAAUUCCCAGAAGAACGACUAUACAUUGGUCACAGACACAUUUCGCAACCCCCAGGACUACCAGAGUACGUUUGAACCACUCUUGAUACUAGAAGGCUGGCAGAGCUUUCGUGCAGCGCGCGAGGACGGCACUUUUAAGCCCUUCGAGGUGAAAGUGGCGAAUUCCCUGAUUGUUGAUCAAUUCAUUGAGAUCAAUUCUCGGGUAUCUAUGGCUGAAGGCAAAGACCUCGGCAUUAGUACCUCUGAUGUUGUGCUUCUCUCCAGGUCCAAGCAACCUGAGCGAGAUCCGAGUGAACCACACUGUCUGGCACGGGUGAAGGAAAUCACCCGGAAACGGGGCGAGGUCCAGAUCGUAUACCGCGUCUCCGCUUCUGGCAAUCCCCUGAGACCAUACUUAAAUGACCAGGCACUUGUGUACGGGGCCCAGAUCUUGUCACUGACGCCAUUGGAGAGGGAAUAUGGUGCAUUGAUGGCUCUGCAGUACUACGACCUUUGCGAGGAGAUUAUCAGAGCCAAACCAUCUCCGAUUCUCGAUUACACAGAGCAAGACCUCGAGCCUCUCGUGAAAACUUACAAUGUCAACUUAGCCCAAGCCAAGGCUAUCAAGUCAGCACUUGAUAACGACGCAUUCACUUUGAUUCAGGGUCCCCCAGGUUCUGGCAAGACGAAAACCAUUUGCGGUUUGGUUGGAGCUAUGUUGACGGGCUCUAUCAGGAAACCCGAUGCCUCUGGUCAGCGCUUGAACACGGCAACAGGGCGCCCUGUGGGCGCUCCUGCUUCUACGAAAAAGGUCCUUGUCUGUGCACCCAGUAAUGCGGCCGUUGAUGAAUUGGUCAUGAGAUUGAAAAAGGGCGUUACCCUCAGGGACGGUACCCAUGAAAAAUUAUCAGUGGUGCGCUUGGGUCGGACUGACGCUAUCAACACUAACGUGAAAGACGUUACGCUUGAGGAGCUCGUCAACGCUAAACUCGGCACGGCAGCACCCAAGAAUCCUCAAGAUGAUAUUCAUUCAGUCAUGAUGAAGCACAAGGCGAUCUCAGAGGAGCUGAAUACACUUCGAAAUCGCAUCAACGAUCAACGUGGUCGAGGCCAACCCGUACCAAGCUCGGAAGAGCAGCUUAUGGAUGCUCUGAAACGCGAGAAGAAUGGACUCAGUUCGAAAAUCGACGACAUGAGAGAACGUCAAAACACGGCGUCCCGUGACAUGGAUCUCAAUCGCAAACGGAUUCAGCAAGAAAUCCUUGACUCGGCUCAUGUGCUCUGUGCUACCCUCAGUGGUAGUGGUCAUGAAAUUUUCCAAGGGCUCAACAUCGAGUUCGAGACUGUCAUCAUCGAUGAAGCCGCACAGUCCAUUGAGCUUUCCGCAUUGAUUCCGCUCAAGUACGGCUGUUCAAAAUGUAUCUUGGUGGGUGACCCAAAACAGUUGCCACCCACAGUCUUGUCCCGGGCAGCCGCCAAAUUUCAAUACGAACAGAGUUUGUUUGCCCGUAUGGAGAACAACCAUAGGAAAGAUGUGCAUUUGCUUGACACACAAUACCGCAUGCACCCCGAGAUUAGCCUCUUCCCCAGCAAGACAUUCUACGAUUCUCGACUCAAAGAUGGUGCUGGCAUGGCCAAACUUCGACAUAGGCCCUGGCACAACAGCGAGGUCUUUGCUCCGUAUCGCUUCUUUGAUGUACAGGGCAUGAGUCAAGCUGCUACCAAAGGCCAUUCGUUGAUCAAUGUUGCCGAAUUGAAUGUAGCCAUGCAGCUUUAUGACCGAUUGUUAAAUGAUGUCCCGAAGUACAAUUUCUCUGGAAAGAUAGGGAUCAUCACACCUUACAAAGGGCAGCUCAAAGAACUCAGGUUGCGUUUCAAACAACGCUACGGAGAGGACAUAACUUCCAAAGUCGACUUCAACACCACGGAUGCAUUCCAAGGUCGAGAGAGUGAAAUCAUUAUUUUCUCUUGCGUGCGAGCAUCGACCAAAGGCAUCGGCUUCUUGAACGACAUUCGUCGUAUGAACGUCGGUUUGACGCGAGCCAUGUGUUCACUUUGGGUUCUCGGUAAUUCUCAGGCACUCACGCAAGGCGAAUUCUGGAAAGCAUUGAUCACCGAUGCAAAAGGACGCAAUCUGUACACCCAGGGUGAUAUUACAAGUCUCCUCCGUCGGCCAGUCUUGACUGGUGCGAUGAUGGAGGCUGACGUUGAGAUGAUGGACGUAGACGAACCAGCUUCUGUUGUCAAGCUACAGCCCGAUAACAAUCAGAAUUCGAUCAUGGAUUUAGAUCAAGCAAAAGUCGAAACUGCGCGGCCCGUCGUCAGUCGCCAAAAUUCGACUAUAGGCAAGUCGAGCCCAACAGCAUCGUCACCUGCGCUUGUCAGACGGCCCGAUCCUGGUUCUGGACUCUCUUCGGCUCAGCCUACCCCUUUACCGUCAAGACCGAGCAGCAGCUUGUCUCGGGACUCGGCCAUGUCGACCUCGUCCAAACCGGAUGCUAGGCGCCCACAACCCUCGCGCACAGAGAGUCAUGGAGAAACAAUCAAACCUAACAUGAAGAGCGCGAGCAAAAUACCUUCCACAAAGGCUCGCCCUGAGGCAUGUCCGGAUUCAAGGCUCGCAAGAUCCGAUCAAACUCGAUCUGGAGCCCAUGGUCCAUCUGGAGGCGGCAACGGGUUGAAUGAUCUCGCUAAUUGUGCUAUAUGUGGGUCAUAUGACCAUUACAGCUUCAAUUGUGACAACGAAGAGGCCAGAUCGGCAGCUUUGGGUAAUUGUCACCGCUGCCACCGGCCGGGACACAACUACGGCAGCUGCACGGCGCCGCGAUGCAUCACUUGUGGCGAAGUUGGGCAUGCCAGCGUGGACUGUACCGCGCCUAUUAGGCAUAGGCUGACCAGCGUUCAACAAGUCGAGGUACAAAAGCAGGAGGUUCGCUUUGGAGCCGCCAGGGACAAGGCGAGAGAACGACGGGCCGAAAGACAGCUUGGUGAGCACGGAGCCAAGAUUCCCACGGUCAAGAGCACCUUGCCGGCAGCCAACGGACCAGCCCUCGACGCGAAGAGAAAGAGGGAUGAGUCGACGGAUUCUUCCGACCGUGGUAAGGUGAAGCGACGAGACAAGGACGGCGGGAAGGUCCUCGCCAAUGGUCCGCAGAAGGAUCCUCCGCCGAAGGCACCUUCUCGUCCUCCGCCGACGGGGCCGAGUGCAGGUCGAGGUUUCGCUCGACCGCCGCCGACCGGCCCAGCGGGAGGAGCUCCACGACCUGGCAUGGGCCCUGGAGGGAGACCCUUGCUGAUGAACAAUGGACAACCGAUGGUUCGGAAGAAGAAAGCCAACGCCAACGACAUGUUUGUGAAGAAAAAAUGAGCCCGUUGGUUGGCGAUGACUUGGAGUUUCUUCUCUCCCCCUCCCCCCCCC